GUCAUAUCCGUUUUUAAAAUUUGCAUACAUAGGCGAUAAUAUGCUGCCCUUUACCCCGAGGAUUACGAGGGUUAUAAUAAAUUAAAUCAGAAAGCCUGAUUUAAUUUAUUAGAGAGUGUUUUUUUCCUGAGGUUUUUUUUUGCUGUUUUCAGUCAACAUGAUGUUUUUUUGUUUUUUAACCUGAACCUUAAGCAGUUAAGAGAUACAUGAAAGACAUUUCCUGCUCAUUUCUUACAGAGAGCUCACCUCUGAGGAUGUGCUGCUGCUGAAGGAGUAUGUAGUUCCUGCCUUCACUCAGAAAGAGAAAGAGAGAAGGGAAGCUGGGAGAGAAGAUGGAGGACUUCACCACGCGGACGUACGGCACCAGUGGCCUGGAUAACAGACCUCUGUUCGGGGAGACUUCAGCACGGGACAGGAUAAUCAAUUUAGUUAUUGGCGGACUCGCAUCUCUGCUAGUGAUAGUGACCAUUAUCAGCGCUUUCGUCUUUCCCUCACUGCCUCCAAAGCCACUGAACAUUUUCUUUGCUGUCUGUAUUUUGCUGAUGUGCAGCUCAGUGCUGGUUCUGAUUUUCUGGUACAGACAGGGAGACCUGGAGCCUAAAUUUCGCAACCUUAUCUACUAUAUGCUCUGUUCGAUCGUCUUGCUAUGCAUAUGUGCCAACCUUUACUUCCACGACGUGGGACGUGACAAAAAGUCCAACGCCUUAUCCUAGGAACACGAGGAACUUUACCGUGGAGGUAGAAGCCGUUCGUCUUUCAGCACAAUGAAACGGGCGACACUUUCUUACCUCCAGCCCCCGUGCUGUCGUCGCCAGGGCCAAGUCUGCCUCAGCAGGCCUUUUGAUCGGACCAACAGUGUUCUAAAUGUGAAUAAUGUGUAUUCUGUAGCACGGCGGAUGCGUAUGCAGAUGUUUUGCAUCCCGAGUGCCGUAUAUUCCUGCAUUGCUAUAUGACACCAAUGUAAUCACCAGACUGUUCUUGACUAUAAGCCAUGGUUAUAUGCUGCAGAAAACAUUUUAUAUUUGUAUUAUUAUUAUGUUUGAUCUACAUUCCUGAUCGAGAUCUCUUGUGUGUCUGAUGCAAUUGACGCUGAAGCACUUACCAAAUCAGAGACAGGGAGAGACACCGCUUGGGUUACUGCGCUCUCUGCACACUGUGUCAUUUGAUAUGGCCAAGAUUAAUGAUUGUUGAUAUUUCAUUUCUAAUGUGCAUUUUAUGUAAGAAAUAAACCCUGAUUCCCAUG